UCCAUGGAAGUAAACCCUCAAGAACCAAUUCUUGAAACAAAACAAAAAAUUCAAAAUUUCCUUGGUGUACCAGUGUCUUCACAAACUCUUUCAGUUUUGGGAUUUGAAUUAUUGGAUGGAUUCAAUAUUCAAGAUUAUUCGAUAAUUACACAAGGUACAAAAAUCCAAUUAACCAUCCAAAAUAUUACUACUAUUGGAGAAACAUCCUUACAACAGAAUAUUAACGUUUCUUCAAAAUUCCAAAUUAUUGUCACAAUGUCAUCCAGAAAAUUAAACAUAGACAUCGACAGUACCGAAACUGUCCGAAGUCUAAAAGAAAAAAUUCACAUAAUCGAUAGUAUCCCGAUAAGGAGAAUGUCUCUCUACUUUUCUGGAGAAGAAUUAAAUGAUGAAUAUCGGAGUUUAAUCGAAUAUGGUGUUCAAGAAUUUUCAGAAAUUAUUGUGUUUUUAAAGACUAUGUCACGUAUGGUUACUGAUCCACCUUCAAGAGGACUAUGCCUAGUGGUGCAAACUUCAUCUAGUUUGCUUAAUUCAGCAAAAAUUCCAGUUGAAAUGACUGAUUUGGGGACAGUUAAUGAUUUGAGACAACUAUUGUUGGGAAGAAAAAUAUUGCCUAUGGAUGAAUAUAUUUUCAUUCACAAACAAAGGAUUAUGAAGGAUAGUUGUAGUCUUCGUUGGCAUGGUGUUGAAAAUGGGGAUUUUGUAUAUGUUUUUAAAGGUUGUGUUAGUAGGGAAGGACCUUGA